AGACAGACAUGCUCUUUGUCAGCGUCUUUGUCUCUCUCUUUCGCACACACACGCACUGUUCUGUUUGAGGGGAGAAGGAAGAGGUAACAGGCAGAUUUACAUCGUUGGGAGGGAGGAAACUUGGCGACCGGCCCGCCCACUAAUGCCCCCAACCUUAUAAAAAACCUCAAGAAUGGAAAAGACCCUCUUAGAAAGCUGAGCCAAACUGCCGGAACAGCACAUCGGUUGCUGGAACGAGUGAGAGACAGAAAGAGGGCGAGAGAGAGAGAUUUUAAUCUGCAUUCAUGGAUGAACAGAGAGAAGUACAAGUAAAGAACCCAUGCCACAGGCCAUUGUUCCUCAUUCUGACUGCUGUUAUUGCUGUGGGGAUCAUCACUGUGGUUUCCAUUUCUGUUGUCCAGAACAAGCCUUUACUCCAGAAGUACAAGUAUGGAAUAGUUCUGGAUGCAGGCUCCUCCCACACAUCCGUCUUCAUCUACGAAUGGCCAGCUGAGAAAGAGAACAACACGGGAAUGGUUCGACAGACACACACCUGCCACGUUAAAGGCAAAGGAAUCUCCAGUUAUUCCACAAACCCAGAGAAAGCUGGCAUGUCCUUGCACGAGUGUAUGGAAGAGGCUAAACAGAAAAUUCCUGUUACCAGGCACCCGGAAACCCCUGUGUACCUGGGAGCUACCGCAGGCAUGAGACUGCUCAAGAUGGAGGAUGAAGAUGCUUCCGAGAAAGUGCUAGCCUCUGUGACAUUUUCUCUGAAGAAAUAUCCCUUCUCCUUCCAGGGAGCUCGAAUCAUUUUGGGUCAAGAAGAGGGAGCUUUCGGCUGGAUCACUGUGAAUUACCUUAGUGACAACUUGAGAAAGGCCAUGGGGACCCUUGGUGCUCUUGAUCUUGGCGGAGCCUCCACGCAGAUAACCUUCAUACCCAAACAGGAAAUAGAAUCACAGGACAACGCUAUUGACUUCAGGCUUUACGGAAACGAUUAUCACUUGUAUACACACAGCUUUCUUUGUUUCGGGAAGGACCAAGUGCUUAGGCUUUCUUUGGCCGAGAAGUUCCACUCCACACUUGACAAGACUAAUUCAACUUUAAGUGAUCCCUGCUUCCACCCUGGAUAUAGCAGCAGCAAAAAAUAUAUGGAUGUCUUUGAUACACCCUGUAUAAAAGAAAAGAGAACCUCAUCCAAAGACUUUGUCCACGUUGGAGUGGGGGAUUGGGUGGAGUGCCAAAAUUCGGUUCGGAAGGUUUUUAAUGCAAGCCAUUGUGGGUACUCAACAUGCUCGUUUGAUGGUGUUUUCCAGCCUUCUGUUGAAGGAAAGUUUGGGGCCUUCUCAGCUUUUUACUUUGUUAUGAACUUUUUGAAUCUGACAAGUGGAACAUUAGAUGAUGCUAAGUUGAAGAUGAAAAGGUAUUGCUCCACCCCAUGGAAAGAGAUUGUACAACGAUAUCCCAAUAUACCAGAGAAGUAUCUUUCUGAAUACUGCUUCUCAGGAACUUACAUUCUGACGCUUUUGGAACAUGGAUACAAGUUUACCUCAAACAACUGGAAAGACAUCCAGUUUAUUAAGAAGAUAGGAGACAGUGAUGCUGGCUGGACAUUGGGUUAUAUGCUGAAUCUGACCAACAUGAUCCCAGCUGAAGCUCCAGACGUACCCCUGAUGCCACAUGGGGGAUACGUUUCAUUUAUGGUCCUCUUCACACUCCUCAUACUUCUUCUCUUCUUUCUGGCCUUUUUAUAUUACCGUCGGUCCACACGUACAGCCCAGAAAGACAUCAUUUAGCUCGCCUGAUAAAGUAAGAGAUGUGCUGCAGUCUCUUAGUAUUGAAUGUUUAUUUCUGCAGUCUAAAAUAUGCAAGAUCCAAAACUGUGUUUUUACUUUUUUUUCAAAGAAUUUGGACUUCAUACUUCAUUUGAAAGAUAAACAGGUUUCGAGAGAAAAAUGGGUGUCCUGGGUUCUGGUGCAAUUGCAUGAAGGCACAUGAGAACUCUGUGGGAAGUUACUCUUUCUGUUAUUUUAUGUUUUUUGGUGGUCACUUACAGUAAGUUUGAAAAUCUCUUGACCAAAGUUCAGGGCAGCUGGGCAUGGGCUGAGUGAAAGUGGCUUGCAGGGCUUCGUGAACAGAAUGUGCACUGACGAUAUAUUGUGUGCCUCAGAAUCUUUUACGGUUUCUCAAUUACUUAUACUGUAGAAAAGCACAUGCACACAUUUUCUGGAUGACAGUAUCUCUCAGUUAUAAUGAAAAAUAUCUGCGAGGACAAAGUCUCUAAGCAUAAACUUUUAUGCUCUUUUUAAUUUGCAUUAUUGUCUAAAGGUCGAUGUUUAAACUAAAUAAAAGCUUUGUAAUAGUAAAAGGAGGGCAUUAUGUCAGGCUUGUCAUGCAUUUUCUCUGCUUACUGUGUUUGGCUCUUUAUUGUACCAGGAGAGGCUACAAAUGUUCUUGCCUCUUUCUGUAAGGCACAUUCUAUGUGACAUCACUGUGUAGUUCUGAAAUGUUUAUAAUUACGUGAAAAUCUGUUUUUAUAUAUUUAAACUACACCUGUAGCAAAUUUCUGUAAUAAACGGACACAGUCAA